AUGUCGCCAAAUCUGUUCAGCACCACACUUGACCACAUUUUUAUUUUUUCUUUCUCUCUCUUUCCUCUCUCCCUCUCCUCUCUCCCUCUCCUCUCUCUACCCACACACACCACCUCUCUCCCUCUCCUCUCUCUACCCACACCACCAGCCCACCGCCCCACCAGCCCAGACCUCAACCCACCGCCUCCGACCACCGCCAGUCCACCGUUGGCGACGCAGGGUUUUGCACCAUCAAAGGCUUCACCUUCCCGUCCCAGGUAUCAAACCCGCACGUCUUUAAGGGCAGCCCUUGGUCGGUGUAAGUCUAUUACUGUGACACCAAGGUCUCCAGUUCGACAUGUUAAGAUGUUGCUGAUGAUGGUGCAGUUGAUCCUAAGGAGUAUGAAGCUAUGAAGCAUCAAGUUGCUCAGCUAACAAGAACACUUAAUUCCUCGGAGGCUAGGAUGUUGGGUAUGCAAGCCCAAAUUAAUAGUUUAUGAUGGAUAUGUGUUAAAUGGAUAUGUAUAUUAUCUUUAAGGGUUUGAAUGUAGUUUUAGUUCGAAUUAGAAGUACUUUUAAGUUUAUAAUGUUUAAGUGUUUGAAUGAUGUUUAUGAUGUUUAAGUGUUUGAAUGUAGUUUAUGAUGUUUAA